AUGGCUGCAGCUAGGGUCCGGUUUAUUCUAUGCCUUGAGAGUUCAAGUAUCUUUUUAAAAGGCAGAAGAAACGGAAACGCGAGCACGGCGAAGAGGGCAGCCUCGAAGGUGAAGCAGGACAUGCCCCCUCUGGGGGGCUAUGGCCCCAUCGACUACAAGCGGAAUCUUCCGCGGCAGGGACUGUCGGGCUACAGCAUGUUCGCCGUGGGCAUCGGGACCCUGCUCUUCGGCUACUGGCCCAUGAUCAAGUGGAACCGCAAGCGCAGGCGCCUGCAGAUUGAGGACUUCGAGGCCCGCAUCGCGCUCAUGCCACUGCUCCAGGCCCAGAAGGACCGGAGGGUGCUGCUGAUGCUUCGUGAGAAUCUAGAGGAGGAGGCCGUCAUCAUGAAGGAUGUGCCCGACUGGAGGGUCGGCGAGUCCGUGUUCCACACGACAGGCUGGGUGAACCCCCUGAUGGGCGAGCUGUAAGCCAUGCGGCCCACCGAUGAGAUCAUCAACUCCACCUACGGCUUCAUUUGGUACA